CCCACUACCUCCCUCCCUCCCUCCCUCCCUCUCUCUCUCUCUAGAGAAAUCAGCAUUCCGGCGACCCUUCCGAUCAGUUUCUGCAAACCGUUAAACUGGAGCAAUGGAAAGAGAAUGAGGAACUACCGGCGCCGAUCAUCAUGUCGGUUUCCUGCUCCGAUAGCUACUUCCGCGACUCUGACCUUCUUUGCUGCGAGGGUACAUCUGGAAUCUUGUCCGGAGAGUCGCCGGAAUGCUCUUCCGACCUUGAUUCCUCGCCAUCGCCAGUAUUGCUGGAGGAGUCGAUAGCCGAAUUCAUCGAAGAGGAGCGCAACUUCGUCCCUGGAUUUGACUACUUCUCCAGAUUUCAAUCUCACUCGCCCGACGCCUCCGCCAGAGAAGAAUCCGUUGCAUGGAUUCUCAAGGUGCAAGCAUACUAUGGCUUUCAGCCGUUGACUGUGUAUCUUGCCGUCAACUAUUUGGACCGGUUUUUGGAUUCUCGGCAGUUGCCUCUAACGGAUGGGUGGCCGAUGCAACUUUUAUCUGUUGCUUGUUUGUCAUUAGCUGCAAAAAUGGAGGAACCUUUAGUUCCGUCCCUUUUGGGUUUUCAGGUAGAAGGUGCCAAAUAUAUAUUUGAGCCAAGAACAAUUCGUCGGAUGGAACUACUUGUUCUGAGUGUUUUGGAUUGGAGGCUACGAUCAAUCACACCAUUCAGUUUCAUCGAUUUCUUUGCUUGCAAACUCGAUCCAACGGGAACUUUUACUGGCUUGCUCAUCUCGCGGGCUACAGAAAUAAUCUUAUCUAAUAUCCAAGAGGCUAGCUUUCUUGCCUAUCGGCCAUCAUGUAUUGCUGUCGCGGCCAUACUUUGUGCUGCUAAUGAAAUUCCUAAUUGGUCUCUUGUUAAGCCUGAGCAUGCUGAGUCAUGGUGUGAGGGACUGAUAAAAGAGAAAAUCACAGGUUGCUACCAGUUGAUCCAAGAACUUGUGAUUGACAAUAACAGGAGGAAGGUCCCUAAAGUCUUACCACAGUUGCGAGUAACGAUUCAACCCAGAGUGAGUUCCAGUAUUUUAUCAUUGUCUGCUUCAUCGUCUUCCUCCUCUUCCUCGUCGCCUUGUAAAAGGAGGAAAAUAAAUAACUGCUUGUGGGUGGAUGAUGACAAAGGAAACUCCCAGUGAAUAAGAUGAGACAGGAAGAAUAAGGAUGGGUAGAAAAAUUAUGGUGGUCCAUGUUGCCUAGAAACCUCAGCAUUUUUUUAGAGAGGGUUUUGAGAUUAAAAAUUGACUAAAGUAAUGGUGUAGAUUAUAGUAUAUAUACAUAUCUUGUAUGUAUCAGAGUUUGGUGAGUUUGAAAAGUUUUUUUAUUAUCUUUCUUUUUGGUGGGUAUGGCCAUUCAUUAAUGGCUUUGCAGUUUCCCAAGGGGGUGGGAUCUGUGACUCACAGAGAGGUAGAGAUAUGCACUUAAUGGUUUGGUCAUGUAAGUGUGGAAUGAACAUGAAAGGAGCGUGGGGAUUGAUGAUUGAAUUCAAAGGUGGCAUUGAUUUUUGGUGAAAGGGAAGGGGCUUGGUGGGGCAGUGCUCUAGAGAGCCUUUGAAGAAAAAGCAGAGAGAGCUUAAAAAGAUCAAUGGGGUUGGCAAAACAUGGGAGAUUGUAACUUUGAAGUUUGAGCUGUUAUUGGCCAAAAAUAUAUCAUAUCUACACAAGUCAAGCUUCUCAUCCUGGCCAGCCAGCAUUAUAGCCUUCAACUUCAACAUGCGCGUUUCUUUGAUAUGGAAUACCCCAAAGUUCAACAUCAAAAAUGCAAAAAGGAUGCUCCUCUCUCUUCAUUUUGUGGACUUCUCUUUCUGUUGCCUUAUCUAUGCAGAGUUCCAGACGCUCUAGGUGCGUACGUGGCAUGCACCUGUGCUUGCGUGAUAUUGUCUUCUUCUUGUUUUUUUUUUUAAAUUAAAUUUCACGGAGGAGAAAUAUGGCUUUCUUCUUCUUUUUUGUUCCUUUUUUUUGGGGGGGCUUCGAGAGCUUCAGCCUAACUAUACCUACAGGACUCCAUUGUGUGGCGUCCCGCGUCUGAGCUUGUGAUGGAGAAACACGCCUCUACAGGUUUAAUUUUUGGCAUUUUUUUAUUUGUUUUUCCAGAGAGGGCAGAUAGAGAGAGCCCUCUUUUCUCAUAGCCUAAUUGGCUGAAACAAAAAAUUGAAUUGGUCUUUGGGGCCUUUUCAUGUGUGCUGUGUAUGUAUUUAAUUAAUUAAUAAUAAUUUACUCACAUAAUUCAUAUAUAGAAUAUUUACUUCA